AUUUUUUCUUCUCUUUUUCAUUGCAGCUUUCAUUAGCAAAGGAAUUUCACGUAAUACCGCUUUUAUGCCCCUAAAAAAGCUUCAACAGCUUAAGAAAAUCCAUAAAAUCUAAACAUAUAAAUUAGAUUUAUAUAUUAAAUUUACUCACCAAAGGUUACUUUCAAUCAAAAGUAUACAAAAAAAAAAAAAGAAACGUCCCCCCAAACAAAACAACAAUUAAAAUUCAUCUUAACAAAAUAAAAAGAAAAAUCACGGCUACAAAAUGGCUCAACGAAGUCAUCAAUAUUUUAGUUUGCGAUGGAAUAACUAUCAAAACACCAUGACUUCGGUGUUUCAGCAAUUGCGUGAAGAUUUAUCAUUUGUUGAUGUAACCCUAUCAUGUGAACAUGGUUCUCUUAAGGCCCACAAGGUGGUGCUUUCAGCUUGUUCAUCAUAUUUUCAAAAAUUAUUAUUGGAGAAUCCCUGCAAACAUCCAACUAUAAUAUUGCCAGGCGAUAUUAUAUUUACAGAUUUAAAAACUAUCAUUGAUUUUGUUUAUCGUGGUGAAAUUGAUGUAACCGAAUCAGAAUUACAGGUAAGUUAAUAGAAUAAUUAAGAAAAAUCAUAAACUUUGGUUAAUUAAGAAUUAAAAGAUGAAUCAACAGAAAGAAAACAAAGCAUACAAGGCAAAAUAAUUGACUCUUGGCUAAUUGAAAGUUGGCUACAGUAUUGAAAACAACACUGAAA